GCGCGCUGACUCACACGGGAUCGACCCGCCCGCCGCUUCCAGGGGCGGAGGUGACAGCGGGCCGGGGACGGGCGGCUGCAACUGCCUGCCGCGCCGAGGGACCGCCGGGCGGCGGAAAGCAGAUGCUCGGAGCCUUACGGCAUAGGAGGCCGUGAUUCUGUGUCAGGGAAACAAGGACAGAUGGCUUCCGAAGCAAGGUUUAGACCUGUUCAGCUGGAGAUGCAGCUUUGGUGAUGGUGGAGUUUUGCAGAAACCCGUGGACACGCGCGUUCCUGCUGCAGGCACAGAUGUCCACCGGGCAUCAGUGUCUCAAAGGGUGGUGAUGCUGUCACUUUAGUAAAGGAAUAUUGAGGUUACCAAACAGGCCGGGGCCUGAUGCAAAUGAGGAGUAUAGACUUAAAUUUUAAGUGCAAUAACAACUUUAAAUGCAGUCUCAUUAUUACUGCCUAUCUCAUUUGUACUGUAAUGAAGGGUGAAUAUUUUUGGCACUCACUUAUUCUGGAAUAUGGGUAACUUGCCUUUAGGUCUGUUUUAUAGUAAUUCUUUUACACAAAUAUGAAGAUCUUGUAUUAAAACACUUUCAUAACUAAUGAUGCUGUAGUAUGUGGCAGGCGAGUGUUAACGCUAAUAUUUAGGGUUUGAGCAUAGUCUAGCUCUGCUUGUUUACAUAGCUGAGUUAAAGGGAUGAGCAGGACUGAUUAUUCUGUAGUAGUUUUUGCAAGACUGAAGUACCUGACAGCAUUCGGGGAUCAUUUCUCAGUUGGUGUUGCGUUUAUUACUUUCACAGCAUGAAUACCGUCACGGUGAUCAGCAAGUUAGUUUAUCCUUUACCCAUUUUUCUCUAAAAUAUUGAAUUAAAGGAUCUCUAAGGUCCUCUUCUGUCUCCAGAGUUCUCCAAUUUUACAUGUUAACUUGAAACACGUCACUUAUUGUGACAACAAAAAUGUUUUAAGAAGAAAAGUUUUUUAGAAUUCUGCAUAAUGGGGCAUAGCGAAUCUUCAAAUUCAUUAUUAUUCUCAGUUCUCUCAGUCACUUUAUCAGGGUUGGGCUAAAAUAAGUGAAAAGUGACUUUUCAAAUUGCAGAUACUUACGUGUUAAAUUCACUUAAAUUCAGAGGCUGCCAUGGAGUGAUUUCUGGAGGGUGGAGAGUAACUCAAGUCUGGCUUGGGAACGGGAUUCGUGCAGUGCCACUGAUAACUUUUGCAAUAAGCCAAGAACAGUCUGACUCAGAGAAUGUGAUAAGUUGACUUUUAUACAGUGUUCAUAUUGUGUAUUUUUUUGGCUGAGAUAAUAAUCUUCAUAAACGACCUGUUUAAAUAUGCACCAGUUAUUUAUUUGUCUUGCAGCCCCAAGGCAGGGCAUUUCCCUCUACGUUCCAUCAAUCUCUGCCUCUUUUCUGGCUCCUGACUUCAGGUGAUUUGCCUGCCUCAGCCUCCCAAAAUGCUGGGAUUACAGGCGUGAGCCACUGAGCCUGGCUUUUGGCUUGUUUUCUAGGUUUAGUAUUCUGUCGUUUCUAGAGUCAACUAAUGGAUUACCUACAACAUGGUAUUAUUACGAGAUUAUCUCCUGUGAAAUUCUCGAAUGUGCUUGAUCAUCUGCCAAAGCAUCCUUAGAAUUCAUUCAGAAUACUUCUGGAAAGUUUUGCAACACCAGUUCAAUUAAUAUGAAAUAGUUUCUUAUUAUACCCACUCUGGAAAACAUCUGAAUAAGCUAAUUUUCAAGAUUGGUUAACUUAGUCUUGUUGGUCAGGAGUUAAUUAUGAGAUAUUAGUUUCUUGCCUGGAAAGGCAGAAAGUUCUUAAGUAGCAGCAGUGAAAUGAGCUCUUUAAUGAAAGAGCCGUUAAACAAACCAAGGUGUUAACUUUUAGUUGUGUAUUUUAUCCUCCCUGCUAUGAAAGGCAGCUGUGGGAGGUGAAAUAGAGUAGCUAAAAUGUAUUAUUUCAUUUUUGGAUUUCUAGAUCUUUUCUUCGGACUGAAGGAUGUGACCACCAAGAACUGAACAAGCACUUGAGGGCAGGCACAUAGGGCAUUGUGUGAGGAGUCUGAAGGUUAUAAAACAUGGAGGCUGGCUCAGUGGUUCGAGCCAUUUUUGACUUCUGCCCUAGUGUAUCAGAAGAACUGCCGCUCUUUGUUGGAGAUGUUAUUGAGGUGCUGGCAGUGGUGGAUGAAUUUUGGCUUCUAGGAAAGAAGGAGGAUGUUACGGGACAGUUCCCCAGCAGUUUUGUGGAAAUUGUGACCAUUCCCAGUCUAAAAGAGGGAGAGAGGCUGUUUGUGUGCAUUUGUGAAUUCACAUCCCAAGAAUUGGAUAAUCUUCCCCUCCAUCGAGGUGACCUGGUGAUUCUCGAUGGCAUUCCCACUGCAGGCUGGCUGCAGGGCCGAAGCUGCUGGGGCGCACGGGGCUUCUUCCCAUCUUCGUGUGUCCGCGAGCUCUGCCUCUCCUCACAGAGCCGGCAGUGGCACUCCCAGAGCGCCCUGUUUCAGAUUCCGGCAUAUUCCAUGGGACAAGCCCGGGCCCUGAUGGGGCUUUCUGCUCAGCUGGAUGAAGAGCUGGACUUCAGGGAAGGGGAUGUGAUCACCAUUAUUGGAGUUCCUGAACCAGGCUGGUUUGAAGGGGAGUUAGAGGGCCGAAGAGGCAUUUUUCCAGAAGGUUUUGUAGAGCUGUUGGGGCCCUUGAGGACUGUGGAUGAGUCGGUAAGUUCUGGAAAUCAAGAUGACUGCAUUGUUAAUGGUGAAGUAGAUACCCCUGUAGGAGAAGAAGAGAUAGGGCCAGAUGAGGAUGAGGAGGAGCCAGGGACCUACGGGGUCGCCCUGUACAGAUUCCAAGCCCUGGAGCCAAAUGAGCUGGAUUUCGAGGUCGGGGAUAAAAUCCGAAUUCUGGCGACCUUGGAAGAUGGCUGGCUGGAAGGAUCCCUGAAGGGCAGGACAGGCAUCUUUCCUUACCGGUUUGUGAAAUUAUGUCCUGACACACGGGUGGAGGAAACCAUGGCUCUGCCCCAGGAAGGCAGCCUUGCCAGGAUCCCGGAAACUUCUUUGGAUUGUUUGGAGAACUCCUUAGGAGUAGAGGAACAAAGACACGAAACCAGUGACCAUGAGACCGAGGAGCCUGACUGCAUUAUUUCUGAAGCACCCACUUCUCCCCUCGGUCAUCUGACUUCAGAGUAUGAUGCAGACAGAAACUCUUAUCAUGACGAGGACACCACAGGAGGGCCCCCAAGAAGCCCAGGCAUGGAGUGGGAAAUGCCUCUUGCCACAGACUCUCCCACCUCUGACCCUUCAGAGGUAGUCAAUGGUACUUCCUCCCAACCUCAGGUCCCUUUUCAUCCCAACUUGCAGAAAAGCCAGUAUUAUUCUACAGCGGGAGGAAGCCACCUGCACUCAGAACAGUACCCUGACCUUCUUCCCCUAGAAGCAAGGACUAGAGACUAUGCCAGCCUACCUCCCAAAAGAAUGUAUUCCCAGCUAAAAACUCUUCAGAAGCCAGUGCUCCCUCUUUACAGGGGCUCUUCUGUUUCAGCUUCAAGAGUAGUCAAACCCAGCCAAUCGAGUCCUCAGCUCCACGACCUAGCAAGUUAUGCUAAAAAGCACCACAUGUCCAGCGUUUACUCCGUCUCAGAGAGAUUGGAGAUGAAGCCUGGUCCGCAAGCCCAAGGGCUUGUUACAGAAGCAGCAACACAUUCACAGGGAGACGGCAGCACUGACCUGGACUCGAAGCUGACACAACAGCUAAUCGAGUUUGAGAAGAGCUUGGCAGCGCCCGGCACAGAGCCAGAUAAAAUUUUACGCCACUUUUCAAUCAUGGACUUUAACUCUGAGAAGGAUAUUGUCCGAGGUUCCUCAAAGUUAAUCACCGAGCAGGAGCUGCCGGAAAGGAGAAAGGCCCUAAGGCCACCGCCACCUCGUCCCUAUACUCCAGUAUCCACUUCUCCCCAUUUGCUGGUUGACCAGAACCUAAAACCUGCACCACCCUUGGUGGUGCGACCCUCUCGCCCAGCUCCCCUGCCUCCCUCAGCACAGCAGAGAACAAAUGCGGUAUCCCCCAAGCUCCUAUCUCGACACCGUCCUACCUGUGAGACCUUAGAAAAGGAGGGCCCCGGACAUAUGGGAAAGAGUCUGGACCAGACCUCCCCAUGCCCCUUAGUGCUGGUGAGGAUUGAGGAAAUGGAGCAGGACUUGGAUAUGUACAGUAGAGCUCAAGAAGAGCUAAACCUCAUGCUGGAGGAGAAGCAGGAUGAAUCAUCAAGGGCAGAGACCCUCGAGGAUCUCAAGUUCUGUGAAAGUAACAUUGAAAGUUUGAAUAUGGAACUCCAGCAACUAAGAGAAAUGACGCUCCUCUCCUCCCAGUCUUCAUCACUGGUGGCCCCUUCUGGGUCUGUGUCCACCGAAAAUCCAGAGCAGAGGAUGCUAGAGAAGAGAGCCAAGGUCAUAGAAGAACUUCUUCAGACAGAAAGAGACUACAUUCGGGAUCUGGAAAUGUGUAUUGAGCGGAUCAUGGUACCCCUGCAGCAGGCACAGGUACCAAACUUUGAUUUUGAGGGACUUUUUGGAAAUAUGCAGAUGGUGAUUAAGGUCUCGAAGCAAUUAUUGGCUGCUCUGGAAAUCAGCGAUGCUGUAGGACCUGUGUUUCUUGGUCACCGGGAUGAGCUUGAGGGAACAUACAAGGUUUAUUGCCAGAAUCAUGAUGAGGCCAUUGCGCUGCUUGAAAUCUACGAGAAGGAUGAGAAGAUCCAGAAGCAUCUUCAAGACUCCUUGGCAGAUUUGAAGAGCCUAUACAACGAAUGGGGGUGCACAAAUUAUAUUAACCUGGGCUCCUUCCUCAUCAAACCAGUACAGAGAGUAAUGCGUUACCCGCUGUUGCUAAUGGAGUUGCUGAAUUCCACCCCAGAAUCCCACCCAGAUAAAGUGCCUUUAACCAAUGCAGUCCUUGCGGUCAAGGAAAUCAACGUCAACAUUAAUGAAUAUAAACGGCGAAAGGACCUGGUCCUCAAGUACCGUAAGGGUGAUGAAGAUAGCCUUAUGGAGAAAAUUUCCAAACUGAACAUCCACUCCAUCAUCAAGAAAUCCAACCGAGUUAGCAGUCACCUGAAGCAUCUCACUGGCUUUGCUCCUCAGAUAAAAGAUGAAGUAUUUGAAGAAACAGAAAAAAACUUCCGAAUGCAAGAAAGAUUGAUUAAGUCUUUUAUCCGAGACCUGUCUCUCUACCUCCAGCACAUCCGGGAGUCCGCAUGUGUGAAAGUGGUGGCUGCUGUGAGCAUGUGGGAUGUGUGCAUGGAGAGAGGACACCGGGACCUGGAGCAGUUCGAGAGGGUGCAUCGCUACAUCAGUGACCAGCUCUUCACAAACUUUAAGGAGAGGACAGAGCGGCUUGUCAUCUCCCCCUUAAAUCAGUUACUGAGCAUGUUUACAGGGCCCCAUAAGCUGGUACAGAAACGCUUUGACAAGCUCCUGGACUUCUAUAACUGUACAGAACGGGCAGAGAAGCUAAAGGACAAGAAGACUCUGGAGGAGCUGCAGUCGGCCCGGAACAACUAUGAGGCCCUGAAUGCGCAGCUGCUGGAUGAGCUGCCCAAGUUCCACCAGUACGCCCAGGGCCUCUUCGCUAACUGUGUCCAUGGCUACGCUGAAGCCCACUGUGACUUCGUGCACCAGGCUCUGGAGCAAUUAAAGCCACUGCUUUCGUUACUCAAAGUGGCCGGCAGAGAGGGAAACCUUAUUGCUGUCUUCCACGAAGAGCACAGCAGAGUUCUGCAGCAACUCCAGGUUUUCACCUUCUUCCCGGAGUCUCUUCCAGCUACCAAGAAGCCAUUUGAGAGGAAAACCAUUGACCGCCAGUCUGCUCGAAAGCCACUCCUGGGCCUGCCAAGUUACAUGCUACAGUCAGAGGAACUCCGGGCCUCCCUCCUGGCCAGGUAUGCCCCUGAAAAACUCUUCCAGGCAGAACGGAACUUCAAUGCUGCUCAAGACUUGGAUGUCUCACUUUUGGAAGGUGACCUGGUGGGUGUGAUUAAGAAAAAAGACCCCAUGGGCAGUCAGAACCGCUGGCUGAUUGACAAUGGAGUCACCAAAGGCUUCGUGUACAGCUCCUUCCUAAAGCCCUACAAUCCUCGCCGCAGCCACUCCGAUGCCUCUGUGGGCAGCCACUCCUCCACAGAGUCUGAGCACGGCAGCUCCUCCCCCAGGUUCCCACGCCAGAACAGCGGCAGCACCCUGACCUUCAACCCCAGCAGCAUGGCUGUAUCCUUUACCUCGGGGUCUUGCCAGAAGCAGCCUCAAGAUGCAUCUCCUCUGCCCAAGGAAUGUGACCAAGGAACUCUCAGUGCAUCCCUAAAUCCGAGUAAUUCAGAGAGUAGUCCUUCCAGAUGCCCUUCAGACCCAGACUCUACCUCCCAGCCAAGGUCAGGGGACUCUGCAGAUGUAGCUAGAGAUGUAAACCAACCCACUGCCACCCCGAGGAGCUACCGGAACUUCAGGCAUCCAGAAAUAGUUGGCUACUCCGUACCAGGACGAAAUGGGCAAAGUCAAGACCUUGUCAAAGGAUGUAUAAGAACAGCCCAGGCUCCAGAAGACAGAAGUGCAGAGCCAGACAGCAGUGAGGCAGAAGGCAACCAGGUCUAUUUUGCUGUCUACACCUUCAAGGCACGAAACCCAAAUGAGCUGAGCGUGUCAGCCAAUCAGAAACUCAAGAUCCUCGAGUUUAAAGAUGUUACAGGAAAUACAGAGUGGUGGUUAGCUGAGGUUAACGGGAAGAAGGGCUACGUUCCCUCCAAUUAUAUCCGCAAAACCGAGUACACCUGAGCCCAUGUUGCCCGCCACCCAGCCUUGCUGCCUUUGCUUUCAGUCCGCCGAGGGUUCUGGUGGCCCACCGAGAGGGCGCCUGCUCCUGAGACACAGGCCAUCUGCGUUGCUUAACCAUGGCAUGGUGGAGCACACCACAGAUCUUGUUCUCCUCGAUUGGGUUGUAAACCUUGAUGCUCACUAGAAUCUCUAGAAUUUGAAAUGGACCCUGGGGCUUUGCAAAUGACUUAGUGACCAUGAGAAGAGAGACAAGUCUUGGAGCUGGCUUUUGGAAAGGAGAAACUUGCAGUCAGAAGCCCAGUGUCCUAUGUAUGCAGGAAGCUGUGCUCUAGCAAUAGACAGUGUUGGUAUUGGUUGUGCUAUACUGCGUUUGGGGUGGCCCCAUGUUCCAUGCUCAGCUGACCAGAUGCCAACUCAGAUGAAAAGAAUUAAUGGCUCUGGGCACCCCGUGAGGCAGUGCUUGCACGUGGCCGGGAGUUUGUUGGGAUUGAACCAAACCUAGUGCUUCAAAGCUCCUGGGACACCUCCAGUGUCCAGCACACAUUCUCAUACAUACUGCCCCUAAUUUCUAAAGUCCCUAAAGCACUACCUUCUGUAACCUUGUUUCUUUUACUCUAUUCCCAGAUUAGUUAUGCAAAAUUCAACUGCUUUCUACUUUUAGAAGUGUUUAGGGUCUUUAUUUUCUGUUGACCCUUCAUCUGAAAGAUUCUCUUCCCUUGUUAGGUACAAUCACUGCCCCCCGCCCACCGCCCCCCCCCCCUUUUUUUUUUUUUUUGAGGUGGGGUCUUGCUGUGUUGCCCAGGCUGGUCUUAAACGCCUGGGCUCAAGCAACCUUCCCACCUCCCUACUGGGAUUACAGGUGUGAGCCACCAUACGCCAACCUCAAUGACACCUUUCUGAUGGUCUUUACACAGUCUAUGAUGUCUGGUGGCCCCCUGCCCUGGACUCAAUAAUUGAUAGAUUUUCCUAGAAUAACAGUAUGAGAGCUCCAGCCAUUCCAUUAAAAGUAUUAGUUCUGCUUUGAGCUGAAACCAGUUGAGCCUAAUGGAAGACUGGAUGUCUUUCUUCUUCAUCCAAGCACCCUAAUGACUGUUUAGUUACAUCCAUAGAUGCAGACAACAUACCUGUGACUUACUUGAAUUGGGAUAAGCCAUUCCAGAAGUAGCUUAUCCUAGACUUGGAAAUAAGAUUUUUUCGCCACUAACUUCCAUGCUUUAGAGAUGACAUUCAAAGCCAGAUUCCCAAGUGCCUGAUCAUACCUCCCAGUCUCAGGAAGAUAUUUGCUUACCCCUUAGACCAAGAAUCUUAAGAUCUUCCCCAGCUAUGAAGCCUAUCUUGGAAUGGGAAACCAUGAGAUUUGUCUUUUAAGAGAAAGGGAAGAAAUAGCCUUACAGCCCCUGUUCCUCCAAGUGCACAUUUAGCCUUAAAAUCCUGGGAGUCUGGGGAGACACCAUGGAGUCCUUACAUCCACAGUGUCUCUGCUGGUCGUGGUCAGAAGGCAGUAAUGCAAGAGUCCUUUUGUGAAGAGUGUUUCUAUGUAGAGAUGUUUAUAUUUAAGUAGUUCUUUUAUAAAUAAAAGCAUUUCUAAUGGC